AUGAACACAACAACAAAGGAAAUCUUGCCUCCUACUGGACCCAAGGUGCUGUAUGAAGUGCAGCACGGUUGGGAAUUCCGUGAUGCUGUCGGUCGACCGGUCGACUCGAGUCUCUUGGCAAUCGGAGUUUCACAAAUGCCGGACGGUCAGCUUCGACUCUCCGGACUGACGGCUCCUCGGUCAGGAGCCAGCCUUCCCAUAAAAGUGCGUUGCACUGCCGAGGUGGUGCUUCGAGACAGGCCGUCUAAGGCAGAGGCUGGAGAGUCGGAGGACAGGUCAUCUGCUGUUUCGGGACUAUGGGUUGGUAGACAACGCCGUCGGCGCAUCUUUAUGUCAGACUUUUUCGCCCUCAUCGUGACAAAAGAAGAUGGCUCAACGACUGGCGAUACACUCACUGGGCCUGAUUCUCCGGAUAUUCCCGGAAAUCGUAUAAAGGUUAUGGUUGAGGGACUCAGACCGGAUGGAUCCCUAAGCACGCAGCCUGGUGAAAGUAUGACGCUGAAAUGCUUAGCUAUUGGUAUGCCCUCUACUAUUUUUGUCAAACUAUUCUCUGCAUAA